GCUGCCAUUAUAGGCCCGGCCUAUCACAAACUCUCAGCCAGGGCCACGUGGGAACAUCCACAGACUGAUAGGCAGGCAGAUAGAUGAGAGAGAAACGCAUGUCACUUCAAUGAAGAAGAGGGGAGUGCGUGCGUAAAAAGUUUAACACGCAGCCACGCAACAUUGGACCGGGGACGAUCAAACAUUUCCCAGAGUGAAAACGCGAAUAGACUGAGAAGUAACGCAGAGAGCUGCAGGGAGAUUGGUUGUAUGGCACCUCAGCUGUGCGUAAUGAAUCCUCCGCAAGGAUCCCCGCCCUCGGCUGCUCCGGGGGAGACCCCACCGGAGGAUCGGGUCACCGGCGACAUGCGAACUGACGAGCUGGACCUGUCACCCACCAGAAGGCGUAAAACCAAAAGUUUAGACAUACCUUUCAGUGUGGAAUCGCUCAUAUCGGACAGGACGCCAGACAGAAGCCUCCGCUCCCCCGAGCCUGGUUCGUGCUGCAUCCGGACGGACGAGACCGAGUGCGCGUCACCGGGAGGACCUGAUCGGUCCAAACCGGAGGCGACGCACGUCGGCGACAAGGAGACGAGCCCCUGGUUUCAGCCUCCUCACGCAUCUCUUCCAAGCGACUCCAUAAAUAUACUUCCAGGAGUUCCAACCCCGACCUCGUGCAAUCUAAGGAAACACAAGAACAACAGGAAACCCAGAACUCCCUUUACAACCUCUCAGCUGCUUUCUCUGGAGAGGAAGUUCCGUCAGAAACAGUACCUCUCCAUCGCAGAAAGAGCGGAGUUCUCCAGCUCACUCGGCCUCACGGAGACCCAGGUCAAGAUCUGGUUCCAGAACCGCCGGGCCAAGGCCAAGAGGCUGCAGGAGGCCGAGCUGGAGAAGUUCAAGCUGGCCGCGAAGCCGCUGCUGCCCGCCUUUGCCUUUCCGUUCCCGCUGAGCGCACCCAUGGGCGCCGCGUCCCUCUACGGGGCCCUGAACGCACCGCGACCGGCUUUCCCCGUCCCAGGACUAUUCGGUGGACCAUACGGGAUGUACUACUUGUCUUAACGCGCUCAACCUUUAAAACUGCAUCGGUUGGGAAAGCUGUCUAUAAAAAAAAAAAAGCCUUAAUACAGCAAACAACCAACACUGAACAAGUAUCAGUUGAGUCGACCUCUCUGAAGCCGUUUAAAUACAUUUAAAAUAUUUUGUUAUAAUGACAAAUGUAUAUUUUUCAGACUUUUUUCCAUUUUGAAAACAAUCUAUUCAUUCAGGGAACAUAAACAAGUUGUCCCUCAAUUGACAUUUUUCAUUAAUUUUAUGAAGAAUUGAAGAUUCUCUUUACAGUAAAUGAUUUGUUGUCAUUUUUGCAGUGUAUUUAUUAAAAUCUUUUCUUCUUUUCUUCAACUUAGGACAUAGCUAAACUCACUUAUAGGCAUCUUUAAAAUAUGAGCCGUUGUAUUCCGUUAGAGAUAUUUCUUGAAUAGUGUUUUUAAUGUUGCAAGAGAUAACAUGAUUAUUUAUGAAGCUUUGGAUUCAAAUUAAAAGUUUGGGCUUCAGUCGACCCCUCGGCAGUCAAAAAGCAGGAGCUUAUAUCACACUCAAACUGUUUUCUGAAAGUUGAAGCUAAACGCUACCAAAAAUGUUGACGGUUGAUAAAGUGGAGGCUAUAAAGAGGGGAAUUAAAAAGAAUGUGCAGCACAAUUUGUCCGAAAGUAAAUCCCCAUGAUAAGCUGAUGAUCUUCAAUAGUUCUUAAUAACAAGAACCACCACUGCAGUGCCCAUUAGUGCCUUUACCUCCACGUUGUAAUCAAAUGAAAUGUCUGUAAAAAAAUAUAUUUUAGAAAUGUAAUCUUCAAAAUGUUACUUCUGAAAUACCUUUACCAUUUUAGGGGGCUGUUCUAUAUUCCACGGUGACUUUUUUCCAUGUUAAUGUGAACGGUAAAUUCAUAUAAUAUCUAAACAGAAAACGUAUUUUUGAUUUGUUUCUAACAAAUCAUUUUCCCAGGUUCAGAAAUAUAAACAUUUAUAAAAUAAAUAUGCUUUACAAUUGUCAUACACAUAUUGUAUACAUUUGUUUUACAUUACCUCAAAAAUACUUUUUUUGCACAGAUGUUCAAAUCGCGCUUAGCAAACAGUUUCAUUACUAUAGACAUUCAGCUAUUUUUGCAAACACUCUUAAGGUCUAAACAUGGCUGAUGGACGGGUCAGUCAUCAAUGCACAGUGUAUAUCUGAUGGAUGAAAAGAUGUUUUGUACAAUGGUUGAAAUAUAUUAUGUAAAUUCUGAUAAUUAUUUUUCUCUCCCACGAGAUUCCUCAUCACUUGUCACUUAAAGAUUUCCUUGAUCA